GCGGUGGGACUCCUCUGACGGUGACGGGCACCAACCUGGACACCAUCAGGGAGCCCCGGAUCAGGGCCCGCUACGGCCGGGCCGAGUCCCUCCACAACUGCACGGUGUUCAGCACCUCCCUCAUGGUGUGCCUGGCCCCGUCGGUGGCCCACUCGGACCGGCUCUUCUCGGAGGCGGGGUCCGGGCCGGACGAGCUGGGCUUCGUGAUGGACGACGUGCGCGGCCUGCUGGUGCUCAACAAGAGCUUCAGCUACUACCCUGACCCCGUGUUCGAGCUGCUCAGCCCCUCGGGGGUCCUGGAGCUGAAGCCCACCUCGCCGCUCAUCCUCAAGGGCCGUAACCUGAUCCCGGCGGCCCCGGGCCCCGGGCGGCUGAACUACACGGUGCUGAUCGGGGAGACCCCGUGCGUCCUCACGCUGUCUGAGAACCAGCUGCUCUGCGAGUGGCCCAACCUCACCGGGCAGCACAAAGUCACGAUCCGGGCGGGUGGCUUUGAGUUCUGUCCCGGGACGCUCCAGAUCUACGCCGACAGCAUCCUCACGCUGCCCGCCAUCGUGGGCAUCGGAGGGGGCGGCGGCCUACUGCUGCUGGUCAUCAUCGCCGUGCUCAUCGCCUACAAGAGGAAGUCACGUGACGCCGACCGCACCCUGAAGCGCCUGCAGCUGCAGAUGGACAACCUGGAGUCACGCGUCGCCCUGGAGUGCAAAGAGGCGUUCGCUGAGCUCCAGACGGAUAUCCACGAGCUGACCCAGGAGUUAGAUGGUGCCGGCAUCCCGUUCCUGGACUACCGUACUUACGCCAUGAGGGUCCUGUUCCCGGGCAUAGAGGACCACCCCGUGCUCAAAGAGAUGGAGGUACGGGUGCAGGCCAACGUAGAGAAGGCUCUGACGCUGUUCGGACAGCUGCUCACCAAGAAGCACUUCCUGCUGACCUUCAUACGAACCCUGGAGGCCCAGAGGUCUUUCUCCAUGCGGGACCGGGGUAACGUGGCGUCCCUGAUCAUGACCGCCCUGCAGGGGGAGCUAGAGUACGCCACUGGGGUCCUGAAGCAGCUCCUUUCGGACCUCAUCGACAAGAACCUGGACAGCAAGAACCACCCCAAGCUGCUGCUCCGCAGGACGGAGUCUGUGGCGGAGAAGAUGCUCACCAACUGGUUCACCUUCCUGCUCUUCAAGUUCCUCAAGGAGUGCGCGGGGGAGCCUCUCUUCAUGCUGUACUGUGCUAUGAAGCAGCAGAUGGAGAAGGGCCCCAUCGACGCCAUCACCGGGGAGGCACGCUACUCGCUGAGCGAGGACAAGCUCAUCAGACAGCAGAUAGACUACAAGACACUGACACUGCACUGCGUGAACCCGGAGAACGAGAACGGGCUGGAGGUGACGGUCAAGUGUCUGAACUGCGACACGGUGAUGCAGGUGAAGGAGAAGCUCCUGGACGCGGUGUACAAGGGCAGCCCGUACUCCCAGAGGCCCAAGGCCGCCGACAUGGACCUGGAGUGGCGUCAGGGCCGGUUAGCCCGAAUCAUCCUGCAGGACGAGGAUGUGACCACCAAGAUCGACAACGACUGGAAAAGACUCAACACUUUGGCCCACUACCAGGUGACAGACGGUUCGGUUAUAGCCCUGGUGCCCAAGCAGAACUCCGCCUACAACAUCUCCAACUCCUCCACCUUCACCAAGAGCUUGAGCAGAUACGAGAGCAUGCUCAGGACGGCCAGCAGCCCGGACAGCCUGCGGUCUCGCACGCCCAUGAUCACCCCCGACCUGGAGAGCGGCACCAAGCUGUGGCACCUGGUGAAGAACCACGACCAGGCGGACCAGCGCGAGGGCGACCGCGGCAGCAAGAUGGUGUCCGAGAUCUACCUCACCCGGCUGCUGGCCACCAAGGGCACGCUGCAGAAGUUUGUGGACGACCUGUUUGAGACCAUCUUCAGCACGGCCCACCGGGGCAGCGCUCUGCCGCUGGCCAUCAAGUACAUGUUCGACUUCCUGGACGAGCAGGCGGACAAGCACUCCAUCACCGACUACGACGUCAGGCACACCUGGAAGAGCAACUGUCUGCCCCUGAGGUUCUGGGUGAACGUCAUCAAGAACCCCCACUUUGUGUUCGACAUCCACAAGAACAGCAUCACGGACGCCUGCCUCUCGGUGGUGGCCCAGACCUUCAUGGACUCUUGCUCCACCUCCGAGCACAAGCUGGGCAAGGACUCGCCCUCCAACAAGCUGCUCUACGCCAAGGACAUCCCCAACUACAAGAGCUGGGUGGAGAGGUACUACUCCGACAUCUCCCGCAUGCCGGCCAUCAGCGACCAGGACAUGAGCGCCUACUUGGCGGAGCAGUCACGCAUCCACCUCAGCCAGUUCAACAGCAUGUCCGCCCUGCACGAGAUCUACACCUACAUCGCCAAGUACAAGGACGAGAUCCUGACAGCCUUACAGAAGGACGACCAGUGCCGCAGGCAGCGCCUACGCAGCAAGCUGGAGCAGGUCAUCGACACCAUGGCCCAGGCUAGCUGAGGACCGGCCCCGGCCACGCACACUUGGCGCUAACUGAGCUAGCUAACCAGCUAACCGAGCUAGCCGACCCGAGCUAGCUGAGCUAGCUAACCAGCUAACCGAGCUAGCUGACCGUGCUAACCAAGCUAGCUGAGGACUUGCCACUCAAAAACACACAAAAAAAAACACGCAGCUGGCUAGCGGACGCCUAGCCACUUACACACGCCUUCUUUUCCUACCCACCACCGGUGAUACGAUGAACUUUGAACCUGUGAACUCUGACCUUGGGACACGAGACUAAGUGACUAAGUAACAGAGCGAGAGGCGGGCACCGCAAGGACCCACACCAGUGGCGGCGGCGGCGGCGGCACACUGUAGAGACCGGCGGCCGCCGUCGGUUUGUAGCCGCGGCGCCGCGGGCAGUGGGGACGUUUCUCUGAGCCACUAAAACCAGCCCUUCCAACCAAAUCACGCGCAUCUCCCGCCUCGGUCAGCACCGCCGCCGCCCUCAGGAGAUACUUUGAUUUCAUUUAAAGCCCCCCCCAAAUAACACAGAGUAGCCGGCUCUUGGCUCGAGGAUAGCUUCGGACCGUAGCGGCGGCGUUAGCUUGCUAAAGACGGAGCCGACACUGAAACAGAGGUACGUCCACAGCAGGUGUUCCAACUGAAAUAGCUAGCCGAGGUAGCUAGCUGUCCAUAUCUUAGUUAUAGCUGUGCUGCUACGGCAAAGAUAAAAAAAAAAAGAGAAUAAAAGCGGUAGCUUUCCCUUUACCUUUAGCUCCCCGUUAGGUAAAGGUGUGUAGAGACUGUAAGGCAGCUGUCUGCAAUCGGAAACCCGGAGCAAAAACUAAACGAAAGGCAAAACGGGAGAGCGAGGAGUCUGAGCUUCUUCAAAGAAACAUUCCUCCUGUUUCAUCUGUGAAUACAUCAGGACAUUGGGAAAUGGGGCACACUUAUUCUGACUGUGUGUCGGAAUAGAUUGACGUCACAUUUGGUUUCUUGGUUCUGUUUGGUUGUUUUUUUAAACUGCCUACUCUUCACACGUGCUUCGUCACCUGUGUUACUGCUGAAUUUGCACAAUUUACGACAAAGCUUAUAAAAAAAAAAGGAUAUAUGAUAAAAGAUAUAUAUAGUUAUAUGAAAUGUCAACUUUGUUUUUAAACGGCGAAGUGAAAAAAAAGUUUUCCAUUUUAGUGUACAAAAAGAUAUCUUUGAGAAUUUGAUAUUUCGAUCGUUUGAAUAAUCGAAGAACACACAAGGAAGAGAUUGUCCUGUGCCAUGUUUUAUUUGAAUGUUGUUUGGUGCAAAUACUUUUUCUUUCUCAAGGAUGAUGAACUUAUUCCAUGCUGACCGAGAGUGAGAGUAUACAAACAGGCAACACAUUGUACAUAUAUAUCAGUCCAAAAACGUUAUUUCUCAUUGUCUUACAAUGGAUCAAUAGGUAAAACAUACCAACUGGACCUGUUCCAAAAUAUAUAUUAUGUUGUUUUUUUAUCGCAAAAAAAAAACAUGGUUCUUCCCAUUCCUUUGAAACCUCCAUUGAGGCUAGCCUGGACCGCUAACAGCGAUAGAGGCUAGCCUCCAUAGCUAAUAGCUAUACCGUCUGACCCAUAGAAAGAACGCCUCUUUUCACUCCCACACCACAAACACAUCCCAAAAGAUCCUUUGUUAUUCUAUCAAGGGCUCAUCUCUUUCUGAGAGGACACUUCUCAAGUGUGCAAUCCAGGAGUCCAGGCCUCUGUAGGGGGAAAAAGGAGGUAAACAGUGUUUUCGGGCAAUUUUCUUUUCUUUUUUCACUAGACUGGCGCAGCUAUUGGAAAGAUGGAAAGGAGAAAAGUUUGAUGGCCUGUGGAAUGUGACAAGAUAAUGAAACGUAGCUCAGUCUUUUGUGUUCUUUGUGAAGGACUUGAAUGCCUUCUGCUCUUAUUUUUGUGAAUAUGUGAAAAACGUGUAUUUCUUUCAGAUUGUGCUGCGUUUAGUCAUUGAUUUCACGUAUUUUUUUAUAAUAAUGUGUUGAAAGUGUAUUUAGGAUAGGCACACUUGAGAAUGAAUCCUGGUUCGUGUACGAUAGCGACAUGCAAAGCCCUAGCAACCCCUUUACCCACCGGCUAGCUCACAGAUUGCCUCAAUUGAUCAUGAUAAGCUACGAAGAGAUUUAUGUAAAACAAACACGUCGUUUUUACAUAGCCUUGGUCAAUUACAAAGACAGUACAGAUAUUUAUUGAAGAUAUGUUUGAAUACAGAGUGAUUUCAUCGGUCAGUUUUAUUCAACUCAACAAACCGACAGUGUUAGUCAUCCAAAUUAUAAAAAUGGACCGCCGAUAUUAAACUGAAUUUAAAUCUGGAAUGUGAUGAUAUAGCUGAAUGAUGUUGUCAUAACCUUUAAAAAUGCCUACAAACUAAUUGUAGUUCUACAGGGUAAAACGUUCCAGACUUAAGGCCCAGCUCUUAAACCACUACAUGUUGACGUCUUGAAGGAUGUCACUAAGUCCUUUAAGACCAUACAUUUCUAAAUGUUGGUCUGGUUUUUGCAAACGUACCAACCAAGCACAACUCACAGGUCCUGAUUAUGUUCCUCAACAAACACACAACUGUCACGAAUCACAGUUUACACAGUGGGUGUUACCAUCGGGAGGGCGGAGUUACGAGUUCAUGUACACAUUCACGACUAGCCCAUCGUGAAUCCAACAACUAUAACUUACACAUUUCUGCAUUCCUGCUAGAGCGCUGCGGUUCUUUUUCCCAGAUGGUGCGUGACUCCAUCUCUCAGGCUUCCCUUCUCGCUGUCAGUUAGAUUUCGUUAUCUUAUGUUUACAACCGCAAUGUCCUCCUUGUCGCCCAGAUAUAUCUCCUGAGCUCGGGGUUCCAGGCGGUGGUGUAGGGGUUUAGUAGUUAGCCAGGCGACAUUUCCCGGACCUAACGAUUCUGAAAACCAAACCAAUCUUCCGUCACAGUAGGCAGCAUAAAUAAAUAUUUUGCUUGGCUAUUUUAAUAUUCCUACGUAUAUGUCUUAUCAUUAUGAUCGUCCUCCUUCUAUUAAGAGGGCAAAGUGAUCCUGCUUGCUCUUUCAUUUAGAAGGAAAAGGUUUUUUCCAGAGCUCUUUCUAAAACAGGCAGCAGAGUUUGUUUUCAUGUUUUCUUUUUCCACCUUUGCAGACGUGCGUGCUUGAAGCGUGCUAUACGUAAUUAAAUACUUGAUCGAAGAAACUCUUAAAUACCACUGAUUUGCACAGGGUAGAUAAAAAAACACUCAACAUAGCUGACCAAAGGUUAAUUUCACUCCGUGAAAAACAAAAACCGAAUGUGAAUAAUUUUCUUCCAUCGACGCCUGAACUUCCAUAGCUUCCUGUUCAAUGUAAUGAAAAGGUUUUAACGAGCUGUUUGUUGUAUCUUUUGGUUUGUUCAUAUCCUCUCAUCAAUGGCGUUUGUUUUACUGUCUUAAAGUAGUCAAGUAGGUAGCCUUAAAAAAAAAAAUGACAAAAAGGAGAACGCUGCUUCUGCGUUUAAGCUAAAGAGUUCAAGUCUGUAAACAGAAGGUUGGAGUGUUUUGCGAUGUUUGGCGAGCAUUGAUGUUCUAUAAUUAUACAUUCUUAUUGUUUUAUUGAAUUCUUUGUAAAAAAAAAAAAGAAAAGCAAAAAAGAUUUGAUGAAGAAGUUGAAGUGAAAAAUACUGAUUCUGGAAGGCUGUGUAUUCAGGGUAAACACCAGGAGCUGAGCGCUAGGCUAGUUAGCGCCAGGCUAGUUAGCGCUAGGCUAAAUUAGCUCUAGACGAGUGCUUAACUAGCCCGCCGGUCCUCUUUAGCUCCCCGCUCCGCUCUGCUUUCUCUUGGUUGUUUGAGGCUCCGCCUCGCCCCCUGUGAGCGGAGAUAAAAGGAGCCCAGCUCCCGGGCGACGGAGCAGUGAGGAGCAGUGAGGGGCGGUUGGAGCUCGCUCCUCAUUCUCCAUUCUGUAACAUCGCCGGUCUCUCGAGCCGACGAGAUGAAGAUGCAGCAGGAGACGGGAAGUGGGAGGGGAGUCGGACGGAGGGAUGUACGGAGAGAUGUAGGGAGAGACAGGCCGCUGAUAUCCCACGCAACGUUUCCAUCAUCCCCGACCUCACCGCCGACACACACACACACACACACACACACACACACACACACACACACACACACACACACACUCACACACCGCGGCAGAACCAGACACACACACAGACAGACACACGCACACACACACACACACACCAACAAACACACACACACAGACACCCCAGAAGAACCAGGCACACACACACACAGACACACACACACACACACACACACAGUCUUUACUAAACAGAGUUUCAAAGUCAGGUUUGGCCCUCUUUUGUCAGUGAGCGGUCUGAUCCCGUCUCCCUGGUGCUCACUACCCGCCUCCGUUUGGCUUCCGUUCAUCACGCGCCGCAUCAAAGGAAAAGAAUAGAGACGUUUUUAAAAAAGUACAUAAAAAAAAUAGAAUAAGAGCGCAUACGAUAAAAUACGGAACACCUUGACAGAUUAAAGCAAAGGGGAGGGAGGAGUGGAGUGUAAAAUAAUUUUUAAUACUUUAUGAAUCUUGAUACCUUUUUCAAGAGUUUCAGACUUCAGAAGCUGCUGUGUUUUUCUUUUCGUUGUUGUUUUGGCUGUUUUCACGUGUGUGUAAAUAUCCUGCUAUUUCUUACUGUUGAGAUUUAUUACGUGUAAAUAGGCGCGCAUCCAGAAGAGAUUAAACAUGUUGGGAGUCUUUUGCUAAA